AUGGCUGUGCCAGGGAAGUGUCUUUGGCUGGCCGGGGCCUUGUUGCAGCUGGUGGCAACACGCAGUGACAGUCCAAAGACCUGCGGGGAGCGGCCUUUGGCCCCCAACCAGGGCAAGAGCGUGCAGAUUGUGGGUAGCGUCAACGCCUUGCCUGGAACGUGGCCAUGGCUGGUCAGCAUUCAGGUGCCGUCUUCCAAGGGACCUCAGCACCUCUGUGCAGGAUCCAUCCUGACCCCCCACUGGGUGCUCACAGCCGCUCACUGCUUCAAAUCAGGGACGAGGUCGUUGCAGUCCCAGAGGAUUGUCAUUGGUGCCACAGACAUUUCCAACUUGCUGGACACUGUACAAUUACGCUCUGUGUACCGCAUCGUCCCCUACCAAGACUACAACCCACAGAGUGAGGCCAACGACAUUGCCCUGGUAGAACUCAGCAACCCAGUGGCUCUCAACGACUAUGUCCAGCCAGCUUGCUUGCCGCACAGCAACAUGGAUUCCGAAGCCUUGUUCUCCGACUGCUACGUCAGUGGCUGGCGCACCACCACACAGAGGGGCAGGCAGACCUCUGCUAUCUUGCAGGAGGCCAGAGUGAAGAUCCUGGAGACCAGCAAAUGCAACAGCAGCUGGUGGUACAAUGGGGCCAUGAGUCCUUACACCUUGUGCGCCCGAUAUGAGGACCGGGGCAUUGACACUUGCCACGGGGACAGUGGAGGACCCUUAAUGUGCAAGACCUCCCCCACCUCUCCCUUCUACGUGGUUGGGAUUACCAGCUGGGGCAAGGGCUGUGGUGAGGGAACCAACCCAGAAGUCUACACUUCCACGCAGCCCUUCCUCGAGUGGAUCCAGGGGGAAAUGUCGAAGACGGAGCGGGAGCCUCUCCAGGAGGAAAAGAGACCCUCAAAGGAAGCUUGGGCUAAACAUGCGACAGUGUUUCCAGAGUUCAAAAUCGCCUUCACACAGCACCCCGAGAAAUAUUUGAAGGAAGACCUCAUCUACUUCCCUGAGACUGAACGUCCAGAGGUGGACGCCAUCCCUUUGCCCAAAGAACCCCCUCCAGAAGCCCCUGGCACCAUGCAGGAGACAGACAGAGUGCUUCUGCCCACAGAAGUCCCUUCCUCCCCACCUCUGAAUCCAGAGAUGGUGAUAGCAAAUCGUCCUAGAUACUCCCCCAGCAGAACAUGA